AUGAGUGAUGGUUCAAUAUUAAUGUGGGAUCAUGAUGGACAUGGUCAAGCUGAAAAUUAUGAACGUUAUUCUCCUAGCGAAAUUGUUACUUCCUUGAUUCGAUGCAGAAAAGCCAGAUUAAUUGUUUUGCUAAUUGAUCAAAGCUAUGCCGGCAUACUGGUGAAGAAAAUCCGCCAUGCUAAACUCGAUAAUGUUGCCGUCUAUGCAGCCUCAGGUGUUGACGACUACAGCGAUGGAAAAUCUUUCACGGACCAUUUCUUAAAAGCGAAUGCCAGCUCGUGCAUGUAUAAUAUUUACUCGGCAACCCAGAAAAUUAUGAGAUCUACUUUCUAUGAACCUUUCAAUGAAUCUGGUAAAGUGGUUAUGAGUGGCUUACCCUGCAGUAGCUAUGUUAGAAAUUUCUAG